UCCAUUACCAGGAGAGGUUUCCUCCUGGGGCCAAUAAUCUCCCUAACUGACUGGUUGUUUGUUCCUUAGAUUAAUCCUGCCCUAUGAAAGAUACAUUAAAGGGGAGGAAGACAAGCCAUUGCCUCAGGUGAAGCCUCGAAAGCAAGAGAUCGCUCAGGAGGUGGAGAGUAAGAUAAAAUUGGCCGGCACAAAGCGCAUCAAGCAUGAACACAUGAAGAGCAAGAAGGAGCGAGAGGAGGCACCAAAGCCCCAGGACCCGGCAGAGGGUUCAUCGGCCAAAGAGAAGAAUCAGGAAUGCUCAUUGCAGAAAAGCUUAUUGGACCUGACUGCGGCAGAAGCCAUGAAACUCUCUGCCGAAGGUUCCCCUCCGGUGGCCCCCAGAGUGGCCUUCUUGGAAGAGGACGAGCCUCUGGCCGACGCAUCUCUGGUCUCCCCUGAAGCCAUGACCAGAAGCCCACCUCUGGAGGAGCUGCAGGAGGAGCCCAAGCAGGAACUACGCGGGGUGUCGUGUUUUGCAGAUGGCCUCGAGGAAGAGGAGGAGGAGGCCCAGGCAAUCCCCUUCAGCAGCUUCCCCGGCCUCCAGCUGCCCCUCCCAAGUCAGAACGAGAUGGAAGACGAUAAAAUCCCAGAGAUGGCGGACUACAUUGCCAACUGCACGGUGAAAGUGGAUCAGUUGGGCAGCGAGGACAUCCACAGUGCCCUGAAGCAGAGCCCCAAAGUGAUGGUGGUGCAGAACUUCGACAUGUUCAAGGAGAAGGACCUCCCAAGUCCCUUCAAUGGGGAUCCCGGGUUUGGCUCCACCCCAUUACUCUACUCCAAGGGCAACCCAGGCAUCAUGUCCCCUCUAGCCAAAAAGAAGCUCCUCUCCCAGGUGAGUGGGGCAGCCCUAUCCUGUGGCAACUACCCGUAUGGCUCCCCACCACCACUGAUCAGCAAGAAGAAGUUCAGCAGCAAGGACGAUCUCUUGUCCGGCAGGCCAGGACUGCUGUCUCCCAGGCCCUCCAUGGACAGUGCGGUGGUCAGCAGGCCAUCAGUCAUCCAACACGUGCAGAGUUUUAAACCCAAGACUGUGGAGGACAGGAGGCCUACUCACGAUGCCUACCGACAUGACUCCCUGCUCAAGAAACCAGACUCCGAAUGUUGUGAUUUUUCUAAGCAGCAUUUGAGUGCCCUAGCAGAAUCCUACGCACUGAAGUCAGAAAUCCAGGAUAUGAAGGAGCGCAUGAAUGAGAGGAGGGCCCUGCACCACUCGCACGUGCCCGGCUUCUUGGCAGACUUUUACGCCUCCCCUCCCCUCCACAGCCUCUAUCGGCGUGCCGAGCACCUGGGGAGCCAGCCGUGCUCCAAGUACUUCCCCCGAGACGUGUACGGGGAAAAUGCUGCUGGGUUCCCUCCCCAUAAGCUCCAGGACAGGCGACUACUCAGCUACCACCCGCCUUUGCACCAGCCGGAGAACAAGACCUCCCGGGAAACCCCCUUGGAUGAUCAGCCCACAGAUCUGAGUCUUCCCAAAGGGGGCCACAAACAGACCACUAAAACCUUGGGAGCCCCUCUCUUACGGGGUUCACCCGGGGGUGUAGAGGAGGGCAAAAGCGUCGCCCGGUUCCACCCCUUGACCGGCCAGACUCUAAGUGUGGAUGGCAAUCCAAAGGCUUGUCGGGUCUCCCCAAUGACGGUCUCCGCCCCAAAGAAACAGGGGGAGCCCCUCCUGAGGGCCUGCAAGCUGCCAGCCCCAAGAAAGUUGGACGGGAUGGUACACCCGGUCCUGAGCCACAAAGCCAUGGCUCAGGGCAUCGGGGCAGCUCGCCCUCUGAAGCGCAGCCUGGAGGACCUGGACAAAGGCCUUUUGGAGAAGAAGGUCCGAGCAGUCUCACCCUUGCGCUUACCAAAGGAAGCCCCUUCCAAAGAACAGGACAUGGAGGGCAGCAAGCCAGUGCAUGGCCCACCCCCAGGCGGGGCGCUGGAGGGCCAAAAGUUCCCCCUCUCCAGCCCCAUCUUCACAAGUUUGUACCCAGGGACCCUGUGCGGCGGCCUGGGCAGCCGCAUGCCAGUGGCCAGCUACUCCCACCCCCUGCAGUACUUGAAAAACCAGGCGGCCCUCUCCCCUCUGCAACCCUUUGCGCUCCACUCCUUCAUGGUGCAUAGACAGUUCCUCACCUCCCCAGGCAGCUCUCAGCAGCUUUACAGGCACUUGGCGGCAGCCUCCCCUGUGGGCAGCUCCUACGGGGACCUUUUGCACAACAGCGUUUAUCCUCUGGCGGCUCUGAACCCCCAGCCUGCUUUCCCCCCCUCCCAGCUCUCCUCUGUACACCCGAGCACAAAGUUGUAAAUGCUCCUGAAAGACGCCAUCCCGCAAAUAACAUUCCUUUAUCCCGCAGUCCUGUCUCGCAAACAAGUAUAUCGAUAUUUGUGAUAACCAAUAAGCGGUUUUGCUCCUCCCUGCUGAGCGCUUUGGGCCUGACUGGGACACGGCUCCGGCUUAAGCUGGGCCUGAGGCCAGAUUGCUGGCUUCCCCCGAGCCUCCUCGCUGAUGCGCCUCCUGCUGCACCAAGGGCUGCGGAGGGUUAGGGUUUCCUGGCAGCCGAGGCUGAGGUGCGCCUGGGCCCCAACUCAGAGGGAGGGCCCUCUCGGCUUGCCCCACCUCCACCUCCACCGCUGGGCAGCAGCCUUGAAACCUCUCAGAUCAAUCGGGAAGGCAGGAAAUGCCCCCUGGGGAGGUUGCUUCUUUGGGUACCAUUUCAGAGUUCAAAUCAAUGCAAUGUAUAGAAAAACUGUCAACGUUCAUCUUAACACUAUCAGAACAGAAAAAGGAAACACAAACUAGACUGUACAUAUCUGCUCCAGAAACAAGAACAACCCGUGUCAAGUUCAUUUGUAUAAUUUAUGUAAGUUCUUAUUUUCCGCGUAUCAUGUGCUGUUUUUUUAAAAGAAAACAAAAUUAAACAGCUCCUUUUUAUUUGCCACAUUUUUUUUCCUUUUGUUU